AUGUACGGAGGUGAUCCAGAGCAAGCUUGCGGUCGUGCAGUGAAUAACUGGUACCAAGAGGGUAAAAAUUAUGACUUCAGGUCUCCACAUCUGGAUGAGAGCACCAGUAAGUGACUGAAGACUAAACAAGUCUAUUUUCUUAUAAGAUAAAUGUCAUUCAAUACAAAAGAUAAAACGCAUAAACCAGGUCAUACACUGACCUUCCGGAGCAUAGAAAAGUACUUGUCCUCAAAAAGCCAUAGCUGUCGCACUAUGAAAUGUUUCAAUUUUUUUCUUCAUAAUUUGAAAUGCCCAAAACGGUUUUCUGAAAACUUGGCAGGACUUCACGUCUGCUCCAUUAGGCUCGACAAUUUAUGUGCUUUGGGUUUUCUCAAAUCAGACAACUUACCAUUAGUCAGAACUCGAAAGAAGUUGCUCUGAUCGAACCAGUCAUUCAGGAUUUGACCUGUGGUAUACCCACUCACAGGGCUAUAUAGACUAGGGUUUUCACUUCCCCUUGGUGCAGACAUGCAUAUUGCUUAGUGAGCCCAAUGCCAUUCAGCUUUAUGAUCCUUUUCAGGUCACUUCAGCCAAUUAGUUUGGCGGGGAUCUAAAGAUGUUGGAAUAGGCACGGCACAGAGUAAAUCCGGGAACUUCUUUCUGGUGGCUCGUUACAGUCCCCGCGGAAAUGUAGACGGUAAGUUUGACGACAACGUUCUGGAUGUAAUGGGACAGCCUCCAACCGAAAGUAGUCAGGAGACGAAAGAUGAUAAAGCGUCUGACAACAUUCCAGGUAAGAAAAUCACCAUUAAAAUAAAUAAAGGGGGUAAGUUACUUAAGAAACCGUGGUGCUGUGUCAUCAACUGAGUUCGAAACGUCAGCUUUGAAACUCUUUAUGGUGACAAAUUUACAUCAUCAACUCAGUUGAUAAUACCAAAUUACCUUAAAAUUGGCCUAUCUCAUCAAAAUGAAUAAAAUGAGCAACAUACCGUUAUGUUUUGAUUUGAUCACCAUAGACGAAAAUAUAAUAGUGGGCAAUGAGUUUGUUAGACGUUUCAGCCAGAGUCUUGCUUUUUGUCCUUAUAAAAAACGAAUCAGUGAGGAAAAGACGCUGAAAAUUACGUUUCUCCCUGAUCAUGGUUGGUGCAUGUCACUCCGAUUGUCACGGGCCUUCAGGCAUAAUAUACGGCCAUCGCUACUAAAGUUGCAAUACCAUAUGCACCCGGUUGAGACUUUUGUACCAUUUACAUACUGUAAUAAAAUAUCUGUUGUCUUCACCGGUAUUAAGAAAAUUUUAACCUGUAGUUAGAAUGAAAUAUCACAUUUAAUUAAGUGGUAUUUGAAUGAUAUAAUACCAGUUGUCAGAGCCUUAAAGAGCCAUAUUCUCAUUGUUGCUUGAACAAGUCGCGCUAGAAGGGAUUUUUUUAUUUCUCUUCAGCUCAAGGUGAAUCUUCAAAUCUUCAAUCCAGGAAGGACCAAAACCUAGUUUAUUUUAAAGAGAUAAACCUUAAUCCAAGUCUGGCAGAUCUGGAUAACACGACUGCACCGAAUCCCACUCCAUUGCAACAGACUGGUGUAGAAUCAGGAACAAACGAGGGACCAUCUUUGGAAGGCAGUCGAGGACCUGAGGAGAAUCCACCCAAUUCUACACCGGAGAAUAACAAUUCAGUCAGAAUACACUCCUUUAAUGUUGCUAAUUCUGGAACGAAUGAAGCACCAGGUGUCUCGCAACAGGCUUUAAACGAGCCAGAGACCAUACCAAAUAACGCAGAGGCCGGUUUGACAGGCCCAAAUGAAGAGUCAAGUCAUAAAGAAGACAGCGAUUUAAACAGAAAGCUGAGCUCUUCUGAACCAUACAGCAUGAACAAUGAAGCUUUGCCUCUAUAUGAGGGGUCUGACAUCAGUGCCAUGAACUCGGGAGCCCGUCAUUCGGGAUCCGAGAUAAAAGACACGAAAGCGAGACCUACUAAUGCCGCUUUAAAUCCAACAGAAAUGGUAACUAAACUAGGAAUCGAGGAGAAUAGCAAGGCUGAAGAGACUUCAAACUAUGAACGGCAGGAAGAAAAAGAUGCGAGAGUAGAGAACUUUGCUAAUUUACCUAUGAACGACGAGCAGCUGCCAAAGAGUGACAAACCACCUGGCCUCUCAUAUGUAGCUCCGCUGGCUGCUAAAAUACCCAAGAAGCCCGCAGAGAAAGUAAUCAAGUUGCCCCCCGCCAUAUCUCUAAUCACGCCAAAGAGAGGUAUGACAUUAUCGCAAUGAAAGUAUUUGGUUGUGAGAUGAAAGGUUUACCAAUUUAUCACUAAGGAUUAACCUUAGAAAAUAAAAUUACACCGCAUUCCAUUCACAGAGAAUGACAAAAACAUCGUCGCUUUGUUUGACAUAAUUCAUAGGUAAAGAUUUCCGAGUGGAAAUUCGCUUCCCUAAGAUGGUUUAUACUGAUGAGAUGCGGGUGCCGGGCAGUAAGGACUUCGAAGAAGCAAAAAGAAACAUAACUAGUGCCGUAAGCAUUUAAAUUAAUUUGUUGCUUUUGUAUUUGACUAAAUGUCAUCGGGUUCCCGACUCUAAGAUAAUCCAUUUGUGUUUAGUUCCCAGUAUUGUCAAGGUCUAUGGUCUCGUAAGCUAAAUAUUUAAAAUUUUGAUCGUAAAACGAUCUGAUGUUUGUACCUAUAGAUGAACAGUUUUGUUUCAAGCCAUUAAGGUUAAAAAAAAGAAUGGUAUGGAUUAUUUCCCUCUUAUUUUGGAGAGUUAUAUUGGGCUUUUCGGGUUUUUGAAUUCGUUUUAUGAAGCAAAAAGCAGAGAAAGGUAGUGCGGGAAGGAAAUACACCCUGGGAGGAGUGGCAUACACCUUGAGUUAAAUCCACUCCAUUUACAUUAUUCUGAUAACUUCUUUUUAGAUUAUUAAUCUAUUCGACGAUGAUGACGGAUUCCAAGAAGUGCAGCUGAUAUCGAUACGGUGCGACAAACGAUGUGCUUCCUGAAAAUAAUAUAUAGAUCAUCUUGCAAGCUAAAACUAUGCACUCUUUCAGACGGUAUUCAUUUUUCAUGUUAAGGUCAUUUUUCACAGGAUGCCUUCAAGUUAUAUCCUUCCACGUAAACGGCAAAGUUUACUACCGGUUCCAAACGUUUGCGGAAUAAUCUUUUCGGGAGAAAAUGUUGGAAACACAAGAGAACAAUUUUUUGACUUCUUCAAUGACUGAGGCCUAUAGGGUUUUUUCUUUGACUGGUUUCCAAUGCAGUUAAUUCAUUGUUUCUUUGCACGAAGCAAAAGUAUCUUUUAAAAAUGAACAUCACUUUAAGAGUAACAUUCUAAUUAAAGUCAUGAUGCUGAAUGAGUUGUCUUCACCGUAAAAUAAACUAAAACUACUUUUUCAUUGUAGGAAUGGCAGUGUGAUAGCUACACUUGGGCUCCUUUUUAAGAAGGACAAACCAGGAAAUCUUAAUCGUCUCUCCCUAGCGCUGAUUUCCGGGAAGAUCGGAAGCUAUUCCGUGGCAAACAAAUAUGAGUCAGCAGGUAAGGGAAAAAGGACCUGUUCCUUGCUUUACUGAAAAUAAAAUUUGGCUCUCUAUCAUCCAAGGUAAUGGAAAUUAUCUCUAGGUAAAUUCAAUAGCUUCUCCAGCGAAACUCAUGAAUUUUUUCCUGAUUUCGCUUUGGCACAAGUAAUAGAUGAGUUGAAUUGGUUUCUAUGCAAGCUUAAAUGCUUGCCUAUCUCAGUUUUACUUUGCUGGCUCCAUUUACUUAACUUAGUGGUCACUACAAAACUGUUGGCUAAAAACAACUCCACGAUAUAUAAUGACUUUAUAAGCAGUUUCUGGAGUUGAGUUUGAAAAUAUGCCUUUGCUUGUUUGUUUGUUUGUUUGUUUUUUCAGUCGCUCUACCAGCAGGAUAUCUAAGACCUAAAAGACCAAUACAGAAACAAAGUGUAGGAGUAUGCGCACAACCAUGCUCCAAACCAAACAUCUGCUACUCCACAGGUUGCGGUGUAGCCUGCUGCGCCUUUCACCCCCACGAACACAAGUAUCACCCCCCUGCACGCCUCGCGCCGCAAGAGCUCCCAUCGUGCCCUGGUACAUGCGACGACAGCUGUUUCCCAGAUUGUGAUGAUGACUGUUGCACUGACAUGAUGCAGGAUGUUGCUCCGGCGCCCGCUACAAUGACUGGUGCUGCUCCUAGCAUGACAUGUCCAGGAUCUUGUCAUUUCUCGUGUUAUCCUCAAUGCAGCCCACAGUGCUGUGCUACACAAUACGUGCCAAACCCAUGCCACCCCUCUUGCCCGGGCUACUGCGCGCCAAGUUGUGAUAACGCCUGUUGUGCGGCUAGGAAAUCCAUUGUUAAUAAGUAAGCUUCUUGUUGUGUCAGAUGCGAAAGCAUUAUACAUUGUUAAUUGGUACCACAAAAGAUGCAAGGAAGAACUUUUAUCAUUUACCAACAAUUUGUCAAACUAAUGCCGGCUAAACUGAUAAACAGACAUGCUCUCCCUUACGCCUGGAACAAAGAGAUGCAAGAAGAGACGCCUCGCCCAUUCGCACUGAGGGUCAAGGAUUCUGUAUUGAAUUGUUCAUAACUAUGUAUCAAUCAUAUAUUCUUUAAGCUAAGCCUUUAUUUUCCCUUUUCUUACCCAGAUAUUGUAAUGAUAUCGUGGGACAAAAUUUUAGUUACUCACGUCUGAGCAAAUAUUCCACGGGGCUCUUUCAGGACUCUACAUCUGCACACCACUUUAACUAGAGCCUCAUUCUUGCGGCUAAACUCACUAUUAAAUACUGUUAGUCUCUCCAAACAGUACAGCCGGUACAGGAGUGCCCAGCGAGCUAUAGCACGUCAGAUGUACCUAAGAAAACAUCUCAAACUACCAUUCAGACGUCCAAAACCAGUCAGACUGGCUCGACCAGUGCGGCCGAGACAGAGGUCUUACUACAUGAGACGAGUUCGACCAGAGAGCUUAGGACUUGAAGAAUAUGACCGAAGUAUCAUUCAUACUGCGCAGGCAGAAACAUCUCCCAAACAUGGCGCUCAGUUUCUAAGUGUUUAA